AUGGCCGCCGCCGCAGCCUCAGCCGCCGUCUCCGAUGCCGAAGUUCCUCUCCUGAACGACGCCGUCGAGGGAUCCGUGGACUUCAGGGGCGCCCCCGUCCCCAGAUCCAAAUCCGGCUGCUGGAGAUCCGCAGCCUUCAUCAUAGGCGUUGAAGUAGCGGAGAGAUUCGCUUACUACGGCAUUAGCUCGAAUCUGAUAAGCUACUUGACGGGACCUCUGGGGCAGUCCACCGCUGCGGCGGCGGCGAACGUGAACGCGUGGUCUGGAACGGCGUCCCUUUUGCCGCUGCUGGGUGCGUUUGUGGCGGACUCGUUUUUGGGCCGGUACCGGAUGAUUAUUGUGGCUUCUGUUCUGUAUAUAUUGGGACUUGCGUGUUUGUCUCUCUUGGCUGCUGUCUAUUCAUCCGUCUCACCUGACUGCCAAAAUCCGACAAAUACCUCUUGUUCCCCACCGCCAGUUCAGAUCACUCUCUUCUUCUUCUCCUUGUACACAGUUGCCUUAGCUCAAGGAGGGCACAAACCCUGUGUCCAAGCUUUUGGAGCUGACCAAUUUGACGAGCAGGACCCGAAAGAGCGUAAUGCCAAGAGCUCGUUCUUCAACUGGUGGUACUUUUGCUUUUGCGGAGGUGUCUUGGUAGCCCUGCUGGUUUUGAACUACAUCCAGGACAACUUGAGCUGGGGGCUUGGCUUUGGAAUCCCUUGUGCCGUCAUGUGUCUUGCUUUAGUUGUGUUUUUGCUUGGGACUUUUACUUACAGGUUUCGAGUGCAGAGUGAUGAUAGGAACGCGUUGGUCCGAAUCGGCUGUGUAUUUAUCCGGGCUGCUAGGAAUUGGCGGAUGAAGUCAUCAGCUAUAUCCAUGGAGGCUGAAGCUCAGGGGAUUUUGCCUUAUGAAGGUUUUCGACAAUAUCAGUUCCUCAACAAAGCUUUGCGUGGGCCCCACGACUCAAACAAAGACGAGACGGUGACGAUUUGUACCGUCAACGAGGUCGAGGAAGCAAAAUCGGUCCUCCGGCUCAUCCCAAUAUGGGUCACGUGCCUGGCCUACGCGAUCGUUUUCUCCCAGUCCUCGACCCUAUUCACCAAACAAGGAUCCACCAUGGACCGCCACUUGACCUCAAAUUUUGAAAUACCGCCCGCGUCCCUCCAGUCACUCAUCAGCUUCUCCAUAGUCGUCUUCAUCCUCGUUUAUGACCGUAUAUUGGUUCCUAUUGCAAGAUCCGUGUCCAAUAAUCCUUCCGGAAUCUCCAUGCUCCAAAGGAUCGGCACCGGAAUAUUCCUAUCUCUAAUCUCGAUGACUAGCGCAGCAAUUGUCGAGCAAAGACGUUUGAAAACGGCAUUUGACCACGGGCUGGUUGACUUUCCGGAGGCCACGGUGCCCAUGAGCGUGUGGUGGCUCACGCCUCAGUAUUCUCUCUUUGGAAUCUCGGAGGCUUUCACAAUGGUCGGGCUUCAGGAAUUCUUCUACGAUCAGGUCCCGUGCGAUUUGAGAAGUGUUGGGCUUGCUCUGUACCUCAGUAUAUUCGGGAUAGGUAGCUUUAUAAGCAGUUUUCUCAUCUCGGUUAUUGAGAAGGCCACGGGCGGGCCAGGACGGGACGGGUGGUUCUCGAACAAUUUGAACCGGGCCCACCUCGAUUAUUUCUAUUGGCUGCUGGCGGGGCUGAGCUCAGUCGCGUUCGCCGCUUACCUUUACUUUGCAAAGUCGUAUAUUUAUAACAGGAAAAAGGUAAGAGUUUGA